CAACCUCCGGGCCGUGUUGCCCUACCCCGCCUGUUGGUCGGGCGCCCGUCCUCCUCGAGCCUGCCCGGGCCCCGUCGGCCGUCGCGGCUUCUCCCAGUUCCCAGUCCUCCUCUCCACCACCGUUCACCUUCUCACAGCACACUGCCACUCCGGCGAAACCCCAAGCGCCACCCGCCUCCCCCUCCUCCCCGCGCCACCGCGGCCAUGCUCCUCUCCGGCCCGCCGGCGGCGCCCACCCCGCCGCUGCUCCUCCCGGAGAGCAGCGGCGAGGACGGCGGCCACGACUCCUCCUCCCGCGCCGCGGCGGCGGCGGCGGCGACGGGGUCGGCGCCGAAGAGGCGCGCGGAGACGUGGGUCCGGGAGGAGACCCUCUGCUUGAUCGCGCUGCGCCGCGAGAUGGACGCCCACUUCAACACUUCCAAGUCCAACAAGCACCUGUGGGAGGCCAUCUCCGCCCGGAUGCGGGACCAAGGGUUCGACCGCUCCCCCACCAUGUGCACAGACAAGUGGCGCAACCUUCUGAAGGAGUUCAAGAAGGCGCGCAGCCACGCGAGGCACAACGGCGGCGGCUCCGGCGCCGGGGGGAACGGCAACGCCAAGAUGGCGUACUACAAGGAGAUCGACGACCUGCUCAAGCGCCGCGAGAAGGAGAGCGGCAGCGGCGGCUGCGUUGCCAGUGGCAGUGGCGCCGGGAAGAGCCCCACAUCCAACUCCAAGAUCGAGUCCUACCUACAGUUCACGACAGAUAACGGCUUUGAAGAUGCUAACAUUCCAUUUGGUCCUGUUGAAGCAAAUGGUAGAUCGAUACUGAGCAUCGAUGAUCGUUUGGAGGAUAUCAGGCAUCCGCUUCCCUUGACGGCUGCUGAUGCAGUUGCAACCAAUGGUGUGAACCCUUGGAAUUGGAGAGACACCUCAACUAAUGGGAGUUUGUCACUGGCUAUCAUCACAAAUCUGAGGCUGGGCUCAGCAAGAAGCAAACACUUCCUGGAGCUGUCGAUGAAGAGGAGAGUGCCCGAUUUUGCAAGAUCCAGUCGGCACACUAUCAGAUCUAGUGGCGGUGGAGAUAAUCAGGGCACUUUUGGUGGGCGAGUCAUUUUAGUCAAGUGGUGUGAUUACACUAAAAGAAUAGGAAUUGAUGGUACUACUGAAGCAAUUAAGGAAGCCAUCAAAUCAGCAUUUGGACUAAGAACAAGACGAGCUUUCUGGCUUGAAGAUGAAGAUGAGGUUGUUCGUACCUUGGAUAGGGAUAUGCCAAUUGGAGCAUACACGCUACAUCUUGAUGAUGGGGUGACAAUUAAACUCUGCAAUGCAAACCGCAUGCAGACCCCAGAAGACAAGACAUUCUACACUGAAGAGGACUUCCGAGAUUUCCUCGCACGACGUGGUUGGACACUCCUCAGGGAAUAUGGUGGCUAUAGGAACGUUGAAAGCCUGGACGAUCUCCGUCCUGGAGCGAUUUAUCAGGGGAUGCGGUCGCUUGGGGAUUGAUUUUGCAACAUUUGCCUGGGCAGGGCAUGCAGUGUGUAUGUGUGUCACUGGAAGCAUAACAUAGUAAUACCAUUUAGUGUAAUUUGAGUCAAGCCAUCCUUUAUUCUGAGGAUGUGUAAAUAUUGCUGGCGAACACUGUUAACUAGAAUGUAAAUGUAGUAGCUGAUUAUAUGCUAUUGGAGUGUGCAGUAAGUGAUCCUCCAGACAACUAGUAGAUUAUACAUUCCCUUACAGGAAACCUGAAUUUGGCAAAGAUUUCCCAGGUGGGAAACGGUCUGAAUUGCUGGAUCUAAGGCGGCAGUGAAUGGACAAAGAAGCUAAGCAGCUUGGUAUGAUGUUCGGUAAUCCCUUGUCACCAUUCACAUUUACUGUCAAAAAAUAGUGUAGUUUCGCUAUGUGCAAGCUGUCCCAUUGUUUAUCUCA